CUAUGCUUGGCGGCAGGAAACGGGCAUGAGACGGUCAUAAAAUUGCUUCUCGACACCGGCAAGGUCAACUUGCAUUGGGAGGAGCUACAGACGGCGCUGUGGCUUGCGGCGCAAAAAGGCUAUGAAGCGAUCGUUAAGAUGCUUCUCGAUACUGGCAAGGUUGACGCAAAUGCUCAGGACUGGUAUGAACGGACAGCGCUGCAUAGGGCGGCAGAGAAUGGGCAUGAGGCGGUUGGUAAGCUACUCACUCAGCCUUUCACAAUCUUUCCUCCUGCAAGAAUUGAUCUUGGUUUAGCAUAA